CUCUCAGUCAAGCCCUGUUACGACGGGUGGGCUUAUGACACAACAUUUUACGAACAAACGGCUGUUACAGCUCUAGAUCUAGUCUGCGAUCAAAGUCAUUACGUGAAUAUGAUUUUAUCGGUUGGAAAUUUUGGCACAAUUAUAGGAACGCCAUUCUUUGGUUGGCUCUCCGAUAACAUAAAUUUGAUACAGAAUCGGAAGAAAAAGGACUUUUCAAAAUCGGUGGGCGCACGAUCUAGGACAUAUCUCAACGGUAUCGCAUGUCUGGCAUGGGUGGGAGGCCUCUGUACACUCCCAUUAAUUGCAUAUUUAACCAGACAUUGGGUUACCUUAAAUAUAGUCACCUCUAUUACAAUCAUCCCAUACUUCUUCUGUUGGAAAUUGCUUCCCGAGUCUCCGCGUUGGCUAAUCAUAAAUGAGAAAUACGCUGAAGCGGAGAAACAAUUGCUGGAUAUGGCGGCCACUAAUGGCAAACCAGCGCCUAAAGACUUGAUCCAUAAAUUAAAAAGUGUUGGCAAAAGCCUAAACGCCGACGACUCGGAAAAAGUGAAUAACGCUUUUCUAUUAUUCGUUAAAAAGCCGGGCCUUCGGCGCAACGUAUCGCUGGUGACACUGAAUUGGAUGUGUUGUGCGGCCGUCUAUUUCGGCAUUCAUCUCAAUCUAUAUAACUUUUCUGGCAAUGAAUUUCUCAACUUCUUUCUACUGUCAGCCAUUGAAUUUCCCGCCUAUUUGUUCGGCUGGUAUCUAAUCGGCACCCGAAUGGGUCGGCGCUGGUCUUUAUCCGCGUUCGUCAUAUUCUGUGGGUUUUCUCUAUGCGUGCCGUCAGUAGUUCCCGAAGAAUACGCUUUUGUCACUAACAUUAUGGCAAUGGCGGGCAAAUUCUGUACCACUCUAGCGUUUAUGGUGGUCUACCAACAGGGGGCUGAGCUCUACCCCACACCUAUCAGGAAUCAGGGGUUGGGCAUCGGCUCUAUGGCCUCGUCAGUGGUCGGCAUAUUUAUGCCAUAUUUGAUAUUU